CCACCCUCCUUCCCUCCCUCUGUUCCUCCCUCCCUCCUUCCUUCCCUCUUUCCUCCCUCCCCAGGGGCUGUCGUGCCAGGGGGUGGGACAUGCCAAUCAACAACCGUUCUUCUCCUGCUGCCAGCACAGGACGAAGCUCCCCGGGGGAGCCAAGUGUCCUGGUCCCUCGAGAGGACGCGGUCCCCCUGGGGAGGGAGUGGGACUGGAGACCCCGGCAGACCCCUGCUCCCACGCACACCUCCAUGGGUUCCUUGUGUCAAGCUAACCCCGCCUGCCUGUGGCCCCCGCCAGGAUGGACCAAACCUCAAGCUUCCUCCAAAACUUCAGGAAACUCAGGGACUGAGUUUGUGGCAGGCUUGCCCCUCUAGAAGCCUCCCCCUCCCGAGUAAACAGCUCUGCUAGCCCCACAUGACAUGGAUCCUCCUGCACACCUGCUCUAAAGAUGGAGUGUUAGGUGUGAGCAACAGUGUUCCUGGACUGAAGAUUCCAUGGAGGGGAGGAAUGUGUGAAGAGACUGGAAAGGUAGGAGGAGCCAGGUGCUGGUCUUGGCCUGAGGGAGCCGAGGAGCGGUCUCCCUGCCCCGGGGAACCGUGAGCCCAGGGAAGGGGCGGCCCCCUGAGCCAGGGGAGGAAGGCCCUCCUGUCCCUCGCCCACUCUGCGUCUCCCAUGUAGCCCGGCGCGCUGCUGACAUGAACGUCUCCGUGGCCCCCGCCGUGAGCCCCAACAUCACCGUCCUGGAGCCGGUGAAGGGCCCGUGGCAGGUGGCCUUCAUCAUCCUCACCACAGGCCUGCUCUCGUUGGCCACCGUGACCGGCAACCUGCUGGUGCUGGUAUCCUUCAAGGUCAACAGCGAGCUCAAGACUGUCAACAACUACUUCCUGCUCAGCCUGGCGUGCGCCGACCUCAUCAUCGGCGUGGUCUCCAUGAACCUCUACACCACCUACCUGGUCAUGGGGCACUGGGCCCUCGGCACGCUGGCCUGCGACCUCUGGCUGGCCCUGGACUACGUGGCCAGCAACGCCUCGGUCAUGAACCUGCUGCUCAUCAGCUUCGACCGCUACUUCUCCGUCACGAGGCCGCUCAGCUACCGAGCCAAGAGGACCCCUCGGCGAGCCGCGCUGAUGAUCGGCCUGGCCUGGCUGGUGUCCUUCGUGCUCUGGGCCCCCGCCAUUCUCUUCUGGCAGUACCUGGUGGGCAAGCGCACCGUGAAGGCGGGCCAGUGCUACAUUCAGUUCCUCUCCGAGCCCAUCAUCACCUUCGGGACGGCCAUGGCUGCUUUCUACCUGCCCGUCACCGUCAUGUGCGUGCUUUACUGGCGCAUCUACCGGGAGACCGAGAACAGGGCCAGGGAGCUGGCCGCGCUGCAGGGCUCUGAGACGCCGGGGAAGGGCGUCGGGGGGGGCAGCAGCAGCAGCUCGGAGCGGUCCCAGCCGGGCCCCGAGGGCUCCCCUGACGUGGCGGCGAGGCGCUGCUGCUGCUGCUGCUGCUGCUGCUGCUGGGGGCCCCGGCUCCUGCCUUCCUACAGCUGGAAGGAAGAAGAGGAAGAAGAGGAGGACGAAGGCUACCUGGAAUCCCUGACGUCCUCCGAGGGAGAGGAGGCAGGCUUCGAGGUGGUCAUCAGGAUGCCCAUGGUGGGGCCAGAGGCCCAGGCUCCAGCCAAGCCGCCCCCGCGGGCGUCCCCCCAGACAGUGAAGCGCCCCACCAAGAAGGCCCGCGAGCGGGCGGGCAAGGAGCCGAAGAGGAAAGGAAAGGAGCAGCUGAACAAGCGCAAGACCUUCUCGCUGGUCAAAGAGAAGAAGGCCGCCAGGACCCUGAGCGCCAUCCUCCUGGCCUUCAUCCUCACCUGGAGCCCGUACAACAUCAUGGUGCUGGUGUCCACCUUCUGCACCGAUUGCGUGCCCGAGACCCUGUGGGAGCUGGGCUACUGGCUCUGCUACGUCAACAGCACCAUCAACCCCAUGUGCUACGCGCUCUGCAACAAGGCCUUCCGCGACACGUUCCGCCUGCUGCUUCUGUGCCGCUGGGACAAGAGGCGCUGGCGGAAGAUCCCCAAGCGCCCCGGCUCCGUCCACCGCACCCCGUCCCGGCAGUGUUGA